GCGUCGUGUUGCUCGGCGGCCGUGCGAGAGCGGACCGGGCCGCGAUUAUGGUGCGGAGACCGAGGGGCAGCACAGGCGCUCGGAUUUAGCACGGAGAGACGGUUUGACUUGAUGGCUCCGAAACCGGACCCUAGACCCAAAUUUCAGGAAGGUGAACGUGUCUUGUGUUUCCACGGGCCAUUGCUUUAUGAGGCAAAGUGCGUAAAAGUUGCUAUAAAGGACAAACAAGUGAAAUACUUCAUACAUUAUAGUGGCUGGAAUAAAAAUUGGGAUGAAUGGGUUCCAGAGAGCCGAGUGCUGAAGUAUGUGGACACAAACCUGCAAAAGCAGAAGGAACUACAAAAGGCUAAUCAAGAGCAAUGGGCAGAGGGCAAGAUGAGGGGCGCUGCACCAGCCAAGAAGGCUUCCACCAUGCAACAGAAGAAUGUUGAAAUAAAAACAAAGAAGAAUAAACAGAAAGCUCCCACAGCUGGUGAUGGAAGUAGCACUAGUGAAACACCACAGCCACCCAGGAAGAAAAGGGCAAGAGUGGACCCCACAAUGGAAAGUGAGGAGACAUUUAUGAACAGGGUAGAAGUCAAGGUUAAGAUUCCAGAGGAGUUGAAACCAUGGCUCGUGGACGAUUGGGACCUGAUCACACGUCAAAAACAGCUGUUUCACUUGCCCGCAAAAAAGAAUGUAGAUACAGUGUUGGAAGAAUAUGCCAACUACAAAAAGUCACGUGGGAACACUGACAAUAACAAGGAAUAUGCAGUUAAUGAAGUAGUUGCUGGAAUUAAGGAAUAUUUCAAUGUGAUGUUGGGUACGCAACUACUGUACAAAUUUGAGAGACCACAGUAUGCCGAAAUCUUGGCUGAUCAUCCAGAUGCACCCAUGUCACAGAUUUAUGGAGCACCACAUCUCCUUCGGUUGUUUGUGCGAAUUGGAGCAAUGUUGGCAUACACACCUUUGGAUGAGAAGAGUUUAGCAUUGUUGCUGAAUUACUUGCACGAUUUCUUAAAGUACUUGGUGAAGAAUGCUUCGAGUCUCUUUAGUCCAAGUGAUUAUGAAGUCGCACCACCGGAAUAUCAUCGCAAAGCCGUGUGACUUGGUAAUUGAAUUACCUUUAUCCUCUGGCUCUUGUGAUUUUUUUUGGGAGUUCUUUUUUGCAUAUGUAGCUUCUUUUCUACAGAUGAGCCAAUCAACAACACACUGCCAGUGGUACAUGUAGCAAUGAAGUUCCCAGUGUCAUCUGUAAGCCAUUUUAGUGGACUACAGCAUUAAUGGUUAUUCAUUACCCUCCUGGAUUUCUUGUGGGAAAAUUGUCAUUUUGGGUUAAAAAGAACAACUUGCUUCUUCGUCAAUUUUCCAAUUUUUAUUUUAAGAGGAAGGUUCAAUGAAUAUAAUUUUCUGAUCAUGAUUAUCUGUAGUUAGAGAGUUUCGGCAUUUUGAUGUUUUGGAUGCCUUGACCCAAGAUUGGACUGGGAUUGAACUAGUUUUGAACACUAGUUCCUGGAUAACCAAAAACAUAGAUGUGACAUUUUCAGCUCUUGAUGAUUUUAAAAGCUGAGUUUCAAUGUAUUGAUGCUGCAUGUCUGGAUUUUUAUCCUGCUUGUGAAAGAAAUUCAUGUCAGUGGUUUAUUUUGUGAAGGCGCACAGCUGUGUGCUUAAUGCUGAUGGUGAAACAACAGUUUCAUUGCCCAACACACUUCAUCCUUAAGGAAGAAAAUUGCUGUCAGUGAGUUUGAAGAAUAAGGCAAUGUAUUCCUCCUGAUAGUUUUAAAGAUCUAGUACUAUUUUAUCUCCUCUCCUAAAGGUGCUGCCUUGCAGAGAUUUGAGCAGCCUUUUGUAAUAAUUUUCUGUUAACUAUUCUUCCUGUGCAAUCCCUUAUCGCGUGUCCACAUAGUGAAGUUUGGAGCUAUUAACCAAUGAGCAAAUGGCAAUCCUGGCUGACUGAGGGUACUGCUGUGCCUGUAUGGAUCGAACCUAGUUAGCUCAAGUUCAGAAUCUUUCCAGGCUAUUUAGAUCAGUACUAUGCCGUGAUAGCCUGCUUGAGUUACUAGCCCAUCAGGGAAGGGUGAUCAAUUGUUUCUUCAAGCCCUGUAUAAAACUACAUUUCAUUGAAACUUUUGCUAGUUAAUCACAGAUUAUUUUACAGAAAUUUGUUCACCGUACCAUGGUGACACAGGCUGCUACUUGAUCUUCAUGCCAUCCUGCACAAAGGACUGCAGUGAAUCUUAAAAGUAGGAGAAGCCUCAAUGGAGGGGUUAAUAAAAAUGGGAUGGGGUUACCCAACAAUUACUCUAAGGUGCACCUCUGUUCCUGCACAAAUUGUACAUGGAAAAACCUUUAUGGCUAAUAUUGAUUGUGAAAUUGCCAGGAAAGAAGACCUGGAUGGUUCAGCUAGACAAAUCCUGUCAACCCUGGUUUAAUUUGGUUCUGCCACAGCGAAUAGACUGUUAGUUUGCUGCACAUUCCAAAAUCGAUCUCAUUUGCAGGUUAAUCUUGCAAACAUACAGAGCUAUGUAAAAUAAAGAUUAUUUUGUAAGGUUGUCUUAUCUGUAUUUGUAUCUGACAAUGUUGCACAAUAUUCAAACUUUUUAAGUGUUGUGUUACAAAUGAGUCUGUGGACAUCUUUAAGUCUAUGUGUAUUGAUGGACAAUGCUCUGUGAUCUUGCAGCUCUAAAUGCAUGGUCCAGUUUGAUGCUCAGAUUCAUAUAUCAGGACUUAGUGAGGUUUGUCCAGUGCAUGUAUAUAAACAUCACAACUUCUGUUUAUAUAUUCCAGUAAAAUCUUUUUAUGAGAA